AUGAGUGGCACUCUGGGCGGCGAGGCGGGGCGGCCGUGCCAGGCGCGGGCCGCCGCCGCCGCCAGCAGCACGCCAGCCGCCAACAGUGCCCCCGCCAGAGGCGCCGCCGUCGCGCGCUGCACCUGCCUGUCUCUCGCGAUACUUAGGCACAGCUUUCCACGCACCGGUCGCCUGCGGCGAAUUGGGAGCGAGUCGACAGAGUCUUCCCGUUCCCUCUCCGCCGCUCCGAAGGUGACGAUCGCUCUCCAGGCCUGCUCGCUGCCGCUCAUGGCCCUAACCAUGGCCGACAGCGAGAGGUCCGCCCCUAUUACUGUGGACACGGCAGCGCGAAGGACCGCCCAAGCGGAGCACUCCUCGCGCGUGUGUCGUGCCGUAUCCACUAUGCCGCCCACACAAUGGUGGCACUCCGCAGGUCGACCUUUGUGUCUCUUCUACUUCGCGCACCCAUUCGGUGUGCUGUCUUGUGAGCCACCGACGGUGCUGCUGCCCGGCGCGGCCUCCGCCGCCGCCCCCGGUGCCGCCGCCCCCGGCGCUAUGGCCCGCCGCGCAGCCGCGCCCGCCGCCGCCUGGCCCGCCGCCACCGUGCCCGCGCGCCGCCUGCCUCCCUACACGCGAACGCUGCCGCCUUUAAGAUUGCCAACACCGAGACCGACCUCGAGUCCUGGUGACUGUGAUGACGUGUGGUCAAGGAGCAUUUUUGUACCUCCCGAGAAGGUAUCUCUGCCGCCUAUAGAGUUGCCAUUGGCAACGGGUGAAAUGUGCCCUGCUGGCUACUCCGCGGUUGCGGUGAGUGGAGGAGUGGACGCGGUGCCGGCGGGCGGCGCGUGCGCUGUGGGUGCAGCCCGCGCUCGGCGCUCCCCGCGGCCAGGCCCGGUCGGCGUGCGCAAGCGUUCACGUGGCGCACUUACACGCCUGCUGCGCCGGGCUGUUGCUACAGAGUUAAAACGAGAACGAGAGGGUUAA